AUGGUAAAGCAGAGGGUAAACUGGCAGAUGAUGACAGCAGAGAGCUCAGUUUUGUGGGUUUUAUUAUUUGUUACUCUUCAAUGCUCUGUAUUUUUUAUUUUAGGCACAGGUCUAUUUUAUCCAUUUGGAACUGGAGACACAGUGAAUGAUCGCUCUGAUGAUGGAAGUUCUGCAGCGAUUUCUCUCCUGCAACCGUUUAUAUUUUUUGGACACACAUACAACAAAAUUUAUGUUAACAACAAUGGACACUUGACUUUUGAUGCUGCAUUGGACAGCUACAUUCCAUACAGCUUUCCAGGAUAUGGUCUGAAAGACAUCAUUGCUCCAUUCUGGACUGAUUUUGAUAAUAGUUUAAACGGUGUCAUUUCAUAUCAGCAGUACACCUCUGGCAGUGUCCUGACACAAGCUACACAAGACAUGAACCAAUACUUCCCUGAUCUGAGCUUUUCUGCUUCAUGGGUCUUUGUUGCAACAUGGGACAGAGUGCCCUAUUAUUCGCAUCCAGGAAAUGAAACAUCUUUUCAAGUGGUUUUGAUUUCAAAUGGCAAUUUCUCAUUUGUUUUAAUAAACUAUGGUACAAUUGCUCCAUCACAACAAAUUGUACAGGCUGGUUAUGACACCAUCAACUCAAGCUACUAUUUCUCAAUUACUAAAACUCUGCAGGACUUCACAAGCUUAAAAUACAGCAGCAAUGUCAAUGUUUCAGGCAGAUGGGCUUUCAGAACAGAUCAUGGACAAGGUUUUCAAUUCAAUGGCUGGUCAAGCUGGUCUCCAAGGCUGGCCUCCCAUACUGGUCAAGCUGGUCUCCAAGGCUGGCCUCCCAUGCUGGUCAAGCUGGUCUCCCAGGCUGGCCAAGCUGGUCUCCCAGGCUGGCCAAGCUGGUCUCCCAAGCUGGUCAAGCUGGUCUCCAGCUUAAACCAGUAUGAUGGUGUGUGA